AAGAAAAUCUAGCUAUUUGGGAUGGCAUUAAUUAAAAAAAAAGGGAAAUAAAGACAUUUUAAUUGCAUGGGAUUUCUGAAUAAGUUUUCAAAGUGGGGGUAAAAAAAUAGCUGUGUGCCUGGUACACAGAGAGCCCUUUCUCUUCCCCUUUGUGGCAGAGGAAUCAAUGGAAUUCAUACAAAAGAAGGAGGGGGGUGGGAAGAGAGAUAGGAGAUGCCUUGCUCGGUACCAGCAGGUCACAAGUCUCAUGAGGCUCCAGCAGGGCUUGCAAGGAAGUUGCUGACUCUAUCUCCAUGUGUACCUUUUUGUUCCUUGCCUUGGAUUUGCUGGUCAGUGGCAUGCUGCUUUGCCUGGCUCUCCAUAGAGCUUGUAGCCUACAGGAAUUUGGACAGAGUGGUACAGACAUCGCCGACAGAGACUCUGAUCACUGACUAUCCCUUUAAAUGCAGUCUCAUGACUUAGUCUUUACUCCACUACCUAUUAAAGAAGGAGACAAGACGUUCAUAGACAGCUUCCAUUCAGACACACAGAAGGACACAGAAAGGCAAGACAAUUUAACUGUGUGAUUACCUGGUGGAGAGUGUUCCCAGCUCGCCUUCAUGUUGCCCAUUUCCUUCUCUGCAUUUAUCCUCUCUGCUUGCUGCUUAACCAAAGGAGACUGCAUCUCCUAUGAUGAGCUGAAAGAGCUGAAAACUGAAUUCGCCAUCAAUCUCUACCGGCAUGUAUCUGAAGCAGAGAACAGAACCAAUCUGGUAGUCUCUCCAGCAAGUGUGGCUGUUUCUUUGGAGCUGCUGCAGUUUGGAGCGCAAGGAAAUACCUUUACAGAGCUGCAGGAUGCCCUAGGAUACAACAUUCAUGAUGAAAACGCGCAGGACUUCUUGCGCACAGUGUAUGAAGGAGUGACCGACUCGAGCCAAGGCACAGUGGUUCAGCUGGCAUGUUCCUUCUUUGUGGAUGCUGGCACGCAGCUCUCGCCUCACUUCACUGCACAUGCCGCACGCUGGGCGAACAGCAGCCUGCAGCAAACCAACUUUACUGACCCCAACAGAACCACGGCCCAAAUACAGGAAUGGAUCACCAGUAACCUUGCAGAUGGGGAUGUGCGUGGGACGCUGUUGGAGACUGCUAGGUCGUCGCUCAGCCAGGUUGCCUUGGUGAGCACCAUGUAUUUCAGAAGCACGUGGCAAAAGAAGUUUUCCCUUAUGGACACUCAGAUGUUGCCUUUUACCACAUCAGAGGGCUCAACCCUGAAAGUGCCCACAAUGCAUCAUACAGCCGAAGUUAACUACGGCCAGUUCCAGACUGCGGCUCUGGAGGCGUUCAGUGUGGUCGAGUUACCCUACCUGGGGGAGAAACACAGCAUGUUCCUAGUGCUUCCCAGCCAUAAAAGAACACCUUUGUCCCAGAUUGAGUCUCACCUUUCUGCCAAAGACAUAACCCUCUGGGCCAACAGCUUAAAGAGAACAAAGAUGGACAUUUUUCUACCUAGGUUCAGUAUUCAAAGCCUUUUUGACCUAAAGACAGUUUUUUCUGCCUUGGGAGUUAAAGAUGCAUUUGAUCCCAUCACUGCUAAUUUUAAAGGCAUUUCAGAUCAAGAUAGUCUUUACAUUUCGGAAGCUAUUCACAAAGCAGAGAUUGAAAUAACAGAAGAUGGUACAAAGGCAUCAGGAGCUACAGCAAUGGUAUUACUAAAAAGAUCUCGAACACCUAUUUUCAAAGCAGACCGACCCUUCACAUUUUUUCUGAGACAAGCUAAUACAGGUAUGCAUGCUCUGCCUUUCAGGACCAGAAUUCUUCACAAGUAGCACUGAAAUCAAUACAAGUUCUUUCUAAAUAGCCUGCCAUUCUUCAAUCCAGGAAAUUUCAUCAAACAUGGGAACAGCGGGGUUUGGGUUCUUAAAGCAUAAAGACUAUGGUUUAAUUUCCUUAAAAAGAAUGCACGACUCAUAGAAGUCAGAUUAGCCUCUUCUCUGGAUGCAGUACGAGCUCAGAGAUUUCUACAACAGCUUUAGGCACUAGAAAGAUCUUAAAGAUUUUAAAUGCCCUAGCAUUAAAGUACUGAACUCCACAGGGCUAUUAAAAUUACAAACUGGCCAGAUUAACAUUGGAAAUAGUUAAAAUAGAGAUCUUUCCCUAUAAAUGAAACUUACUCAUGCCUAUACUGAUAGCAAACAGACUUCUGCCAAAAAAAAAAAAAAAAAGCAUUUCUUUUGCAACUGGUAACUCUUGACCACCCCCAUACCCAAACAAAAAAAAUCCAACCAAAAACACAAACAAAGCUGCAGAGCAUGUCUUGAGAGAGAAGCAUCACAGUGCUCCUUUAGCUUCAGUAUUAUUGUCUCAUUUCAGAUGUCCAAUCACAUUAUUCCAGAAUCUCUGCCAAAAGAAAACACUAUAUAGCUCGUUGGCAAUAUGCACCAUUUAGUAGUUAUUUGCUCCUCUGAAGCAUCAGGCCCUCUCCAACAGCUCUUACCAUUCUUAGCAAUGCAGUAAAUUUGCAGCUUAAAUAAAUCCUUCAAACCACCAAGUUUCUCUCGUAAGUGGGGAACACAGUAAUUUAUAGGGUUCAGUAAAACACUGGGGCCUAACAAGAAGACCACAGAGAAUAGUUUUCCUUAUCUGCUUCCAAGCAACACACUUCUCUUAGCCAGUGAAUACCUGUGUACGCAAUAUUCUGCUUUAAAAAUCCGUAUCUUAACAUUUCAACAUCACAAUGCAAGCAGCUAUUUUUUAAAGAGAAAAAUCACUACACCUUGGUGGACAUUUCGUUUUAAAUAUGCUUUGGCAAUCAUUAUCAGUUAAUGAAGAAAAGUAUUUUUAGUUGGCUAACGCAGAAUUUUAAAAAUAAAAAGGCAUCAAUAAGCUCAUCUAUGAAGCCUGAGCCACAGACUCUUCAGGAUUAAGAACAAACUGAUUUUGGUAAAUAAAAUGGCUCAGUUUAUAAUAUAUGUUAUAUAAAGGAAGGAAAUCAGAUUGUAAAACAAGAUUUUUAUGUGAAGUAUAAAAUACUUUCCAAUCAACUCAAAAUCAGAAGUACAUUUCUGUACUUUUAGCUUUUUAAUGGAGUAAUUUUGUUUGCUCAGACUUAGUGACAAUUUUUUCGGUUAUGAAAAGGGGAAAGGGUAAACAAAGUAGACUGUUAGUAUAUUUUACCAAGCUAUCUAGAGGUGCUUAAAACUCACUAUGUCCAUAAGUUCACAAUGAAUUUUUAUGUAGACCAAGAGUCUUCACUGCAUCAAUCUUCUAGUAAUAGUAGAAAUAUAUUUUCCAAGACUUAAAAUGGCAUAGUUCUGCUCAAAAUAAUUUAAAAAGUUAAGUUUUUUAAUUUGAAUUUCAUGUUUGAACACAUUCCCUUUGAAGGACAGGCAAGGUAACAGCAAUACAAACAACAACAAAUCCAGUGUAUCUGAGGCAGUGAUUUCAUUCAAGGGGUUGUAAUAACCUCUUCUGUAACUAAAACACGAACACAAAGCAACGAAUUCAGGCUCUGUUUUCCUCAGUUCAGAAGUGAUUCUUUAGCCAAUGGUUUGGGUAGGUUUCAGAUUUUGGCAAACUUCUAGUUUGGGCUACCAACUACUUGAAAAGGUCUUUUUGCUUUUAAUACAGAAAUGUAAAAAAUUAUUCUAAGACAAGGGUGCAACUGCAGUCAGUUUUUCCAUAUAAGCAAUGAGUGAUUCCAUGAUUUGCUAAUUCCAUGCUUAGUUUAUGUAUUUAAACUGAACUACACUUUGAAAGUGAGCCCCUAAAUUGAAAUAACAAUAUUGUUUUCAUUUACAGGUUCAGUACUCUUUAUAGGAAGAGUUACAAAUCCUUCAUAAUAAGCACUAAACAAAUAAACUGUCUGCUGUUCCUCCUAUGGUGAGCUUUCCUCCAAAGAAAUUAAAGGCUACAUUAUAUGUAUUUAUUAAAACACUGCUUUAAGCAGUAACACUUUUGCAAGAAAAAGUGAGAGUAAGCCCUCCACUACUUUAUUACAUUGUACAUACUGUUGGAAACUUAUAGCUGUCUAGGAAUCAUGAGCACCACAACUACAGCAAAGACAGUAAGCAUAUAAACAUUUGAGAAAAAAAUGAACAAAUUUUGCCCCCCAAAUAUUUAACAGUAUGGGCAAACAGCUGCUACUUAACUUCAUCAUGGCUAAAAGCUUGACUGUUGCUGAGUAUAUAGGUCAUCUGAAUGAAAGCAUCCUACAAGAAAGUUUCGUGAUGUUAUUUUUCAAGCACAAUUUCAUUUCCCUGUCCUGAAGUCAAAAGCUCAAGAAUAAAAUUGAAAUUCAGUCUGACCCCAGAGAGAUAUAAUCCAGCUGAGAUAGUAAGGUAUCAAGCAAACAGCAUGAUGCUGUGAAAAGAAAAUAUAGUUGAAAGACUUUCACAACUGGCACAGAAUCAUAGAAUCAUCAAGGUUGGAAAAGGUGUCUAAGAUUAUCAAGUCCAGCCAUUAGCCCAGCACUGCCAAAUCCACCACUAAACCAAGUCUCUAAGCACCACAUCUAAACACUUUUUGAACGCUCCCAGGGAUGGCCAUUUCAUCACUUCCCUGGGCAGCCUAUUCCAGAUAGAGCAGAUAGGAAGCAGAAAUACCCACUCAAUCAGUGACCAAACAAAUAUUUUUGCCAAAAAAAAGUAGCAGUACUACCUUUACUACCUUUGAAGUGUAUGCAACAUAAAAUGGACAUUCCCAAAGAACACUGAAUGAAGCUAAAAUCAUCUAGAAAAUGUGAGUUUUUUCAGCAUACUGACAAAAGCUGGGAUACAGCAAGUGUUCAGUGACUCACAGUACAAGCACCAGAACCCAAGGCCCAGAGAUUCUGGGUGAAGACUGCAAACCACUGACUCCUAUGAAAAGCAGAGAGGUUUAGCUCCCACUGAAUCAAACAAAGCUUUCUAGAAAUUCAGGGCACAUCUAGCACAGAUGAAAGACAAGGCCAGUAAAGCAAUCAGUGAUAUUUUGUGUCCAAGCAGCAGCACCUUCUGGCUACUCCUGCACUUGUAAACACAUAAAAACUUCUGACACAGAAAAACCCUGUGCAACCUACUGACUCAUGCUUUACCCCACUCUAUCUCUCAGUGGAACUGAGGGGUUUGUCAUUGCUGCAAAUGUGCAUACAGAACAUCACCAAACAGUGAAGGGCUAAUAUAUCAUCCUACUGUAGUUGCAAUUCAGCAUUAGCUUUCUUUCACCCAUUCUCUGAUUAACGGAAUACCCAGUAAUACAAAACACUUAAUUCUUUAACACUGAUACUAGAAUAUACAAGCUCUGAAAAGGGAAGGCAAAAUUAAUCACUCCAACAAAAACUGUACUCAAACCUACACAAAGAUUAAAAUAGAGAUUUUAUUGAUGGAAUAACAAAAGUGCUUUUCUUAAAUAUUUUUCAAAAUACAUUUAUACAACUUACAAUAAUAUAUCCAAAAUAACUGUAUAUACAAAACAUUACCUUGCUUAAUGUAUGUGCUUUUUUUUUUUGAAAAUUACAAAGCAACUUUUUGGCAAAGUUCAACCUUAAGAGGUGAUAGUUUUGAAGGUUGGAUUAAGAAAAAUAGAACCUGAGGGAAAGUGACACUUAUGUCCAUGACAAGCAAGAAGUUCUCCAUUUAGUUAAAUAAAAGUGUUUUCGUAGUAUUUUUCACAUUACAAAAAUAACAGAAGUGGAAAAAAAAAAAAAGAAA